AUGUACAAGGUAUUGGAGCGCAUUAUCCUGGACCGACUUAUCAAACAUCGCGAAGAAAGAACGCACGACGAGCAAGCUGGCUUUCGUCCUGGCCGAUCUACGAUUGACCAGGUGUUCAUCGUUAGGAGAGUGGCCGAAAUGUGGCAGCGUUAUUCGAAGCCAAUGCUAUUAGCGUUUCUGGACUUUGAAGCCAUUUUCGACUCUCCUCAUCGAAGCCGUCUUCUCAACGCGCUCCGCGGCAAUGGAGUCCCAGGGAAGUUCGUUCGCUUACUUGAUGACAUGACUCAACGAACAAUUGCUGCAGUUCGAACACCACCCAGAUGUACAACACCGUUUGAGGUGGUAACUGGAGUAAGACAAGGGACAGUGGCUGGACCUUUCUUGUUCAACUUCGCCAUUGACGACAUUAUGCGAAAAACAGUUGGUCAGCGUCAUCAUGCUUACACCACCAGGACGCCCCUUGACCGAUCUCGAGUAUGUUGUUGUAUGCUGGAAAUGUUGCUAUAUGGCGGAAAGCAGCACGAAACUUCAAAAUGUUGUCAACCUUGUAUCGAAGCUAGCUGCAGCCUAAUGGCUACGUCUACACUUUGA